AUGGCGGCGCUGGGAGGAAGCGUGCCACGCAGGAUGACCCCAAGCAAGCGCCUCCGCCGGCCUCAUCUGCCAACGGAGGGGGACUUUGCCGCUCACCAGGAGCUGCUGGCUGUCCUGCAGCGCGAAGGGCCGUCGACGGAGGGCAUAUUCCGCAGAGCUGCCAGCGGGACAGAAGUUCGGGAGCUGCGGGAGGCCCUGGACCGCGGCACAGAUGUCGACGUGGGAAGCCAGCCUGCGCUGCUGCUGGCCGUCAUCUUGAAGGACUUCCUCCGAAGCAUCCCUGCCAAGCUCCUCGUGAACGGCCUCUACGAGGACUGGAUGGCAGCGAUGCAGAAGGCCAGCAAGGAGGAGAAGAUUGAAGAGCUGAAAGCGGUGGCCGAGAAGUUGCCUGCGGCCAACCUCCUCCUCCUGAAGCGCCUGCUGUCCCUCCUCCAGCACAUUGGCCACAACGCAGCCACCAGCAGGAUGGGCUGCAGCAACCUGGCCAUCUGUGUUGGGCCAAACCUGCUGAGCCCAGCCAACGAGGAGCUGCUCCCGCUGGAGGCCAUGCUGGAGGCCACUGAGAAGGUGAAUGCACUAGUGGAGUUUCUGAUUGAAAAGUGCUGUGACAUCUUUGGGGAGGAGAUGGCUGGCCUUCCCAGCCCUUCAGCUGCGCAGUCACCAGCGCCCAUGGACAGAUCCACAGAGCUGCCUUUGGAAGAGCAACACGGCCCUGCAGGCGAAGACGGCGUGGAGCACCGGGCAAAAGCCUUCCUGGAGGUACCACUCUCUCUGCUCGUCCUCCAGAAAGCAGCCGGGGCAGAUCCCGUGGUGGGAUCAGAAACGGCCGAG